CAAAGGUCAUCAGUUAGGCUUGAGUUAUUCCGUUUGGAACAGAUCGUAACGUAUGAGGGUGAAGGUUUGGAACGUAUCUAGGAAAGGUACGUGAGUGGUGAGAACGAGGUAGGGAUGCGAUGAGGUAGAGGGUGAGGGUGACUUAUAUACGCGUUCCACCCCCUCAGUAGCGUGCGAGCCAUCGACGAGGCAGGUAGUCACGCUUUUUCUCGUAUUAUUAUCAUCUUGAUUCGAUACUACAGUACAUAUUGAAAAUAUCAACGAGAUUACAUUCUCCUUCGUUUUCUUGGAAGUUAUUAUCAUCUUUGAAAGAGUGUAACAUAAAAGACAAAUGUAAUAAAACUAUUAACCCCUGGUGCAAGUAGUAUAUCCAGUAUUUCUACGAUCAACAGGUUAACUCGUAUUGGCCGCAUGACGAAUUCUAAGAUGAAUCAUCAUCAUCAUCAUCAUGAGAAAAAGAUAAGGAAGUUUCAAUGUUAAGGAUCAAGGAAGGAGCGUUAAUUUAGAGGAUACGUUAUUUUGAAUUAAAUUAAAAGAAGAAAGUGUAAGAAUUAAAGAAGACAUUUAGAAAAUUUAUAGAAAAAUGGCAACGAAUAGUCCAGAAUCAUCGAACCAAUUGAAAUCUCCAAGGAGUCCACGUCAAUUACCUCAGAUACCGAUCUCAGGACAAAGGAGUCCUUGUCAGAUGUCGGUUACAAAUACACCGGGUACACCUCUUGUAUUUAAAUUCCCAGCCAAAUAUUAUCCGGAAACACCUAACACGAAUUUCGAUUUCGAUGGAUUUACAUCUACGGCAGACUCUGAUAAAGUUGGAUCAUCGCGAAGUCCAUCUUAUUAUUCGUUGAAUAAAAAUCAAAAAAGUGCGAAUAGCAGUGAUACCUCGUUACAUUCGAUUAACAGAAAAUCAACUGUUUUUAAAUUUUGUGAUCCUAAAAAGAGUCUUGGUAAGACAAUGAGUUAUCCACCCAAAAGUCCAAUAUCAUCUUCAAAUAAUAAUACGAUGAAUGAUAGUCAUGGAUCAGUAAGUUCAUUUAAUUUUUCACCUAAAAGUCCGAAAAUGUUUGAUCGUCGAAGAAAUUCAUCCUUCGUUCUGGGUGGGCUUAACAGUCCAAUUUCACCGACUAUAGUUGCUCCUACAUCUUCCUCGUCUCACUGUAGUCCCAAACACUCAGAUUCUGAAUUGAGAUCUCCUAAGGAAGGAAAUGUUGUCAUUGAAGACGAAAACGUUGAUCAAAAUUGUUCGAUAAAUGAGAAAAUUCAUGCGAGUAAAAUGGGUGGAUACUUGAAUCGUAGUCAGGGAUGCUUGAACGAUACUACUAGAAAUCGUGAAGGAAGUUCACUUAAUAAAAGAAAUAAUAAAAAUGAGAAAAAUAUGGCCAGAAGAUCGACCAGUGAUCUCACCGAGAUUGAAGAUGCUGAAACCGAAGUCACUUUAUUGUCUAGUCCAAGAAGACGAGGAUCCAUGAAAGGUGGACUAGCUUACCUGGCGUCACGUCGUGGCUCUCGCGAUAGUCAAUGCUCCAACGUAUCGAAUAUUAGUAACGAGGAUGUUGGUCCAUUGAAUUUCAACGCUCAUCCGCAUAACCGACGACGAAGGACUUCCAAUUUCCUCGAAUUACCAGUGCCGGAUCAUAUUCGACCUCGAGUGCACAGUUUACCUGAAAAAGUUUACAACCCAAGAGCUUGUGAUGAUCUCUACACAUUAAGGGAAUUCAGUAUAACUCACAAAGGAGUCGUCAAUCGUGGAGAUUCUAUAAUUUCUCGAGGCAGUAAAAGCAACACCUCGGUAAAUAGUAGCAGGAAUAGCAACGUGUCGGGUGAGAGGUCACCAUUCGAAGGAUCCUGUUGCAGCGGUCAAGGUGGUGACAGUAGUGAAAGUGAAAUUGAAGAAAUACCCAAAUAUAGAGUAGUUUUACUCGGUGAUUCUGGAGUCGGCAAAACGGCCUUGGUAUCGCAGUUCAUGACUAGCGAGUAUAUGAACACCUACGACGCUAGUUUAGAUGACGAAUUUGGUGAAAAAACAGUCUCCGUUUUGCUUGAUGAAGAAGAAUCAGAAUUAAUCUUCAUCGAUCAUCCCCAUAUAGAGAUGAGCGUAGAAAAUUCUUUGUCAACGUACGAGCCACACGCCUGCAUCGUGGUCUACUCAAUAGUAUCUCGCACAAGUUUUCAAAUGGCCGAGGAGAUACUUAGUUACCUGUGGACCGAGCAUUACACAAAGGAACGAUCGGUUAUCGUCGUAGGAAAUAAAUCUGAUCUAGCACGAAGUCGUACGAUUGCGUUCAACGAGGGAAAACAACUGGCGAUGUCUCGCGAAUGCAAAUUCAUCGAAACUUCGAGUGGAAUAAAGCACAACGUUGACGAGCUUCUGGUUGGUGUAUUAAAACAAAUUCGUCUACGUGAGAGUCGUGAUAAAAAGCUAAGGCGUCAAUGUAGCAAAGGAAAAAUGUCAAAGUUACAUGGCAGUAAAACUAUUUACAGUCUCAAUCUCGCAAGGGAAAUACUGAACAAAAUGUGUUUGAACGAUAGCAAAAGUAAGAGCUGCGAAAAUCUUCACGUUCUUUAAGGAGAUAAAUCAUCAAGGAAUGAAGUUUAUGAAGAAGAAAAUUGUCUUUCGUUUUGUUACAAGAGUAGAAGUUUUGAUUUAUUUCUUAUUUUGACUUCAUUUUAGAUAUUCAUAAGUUAAUUUUAUACCAUUCGAUAACCAAUAAUAUAAGUACUCACUUACCUACCUCUAUAUUUUUUUAUAAUAAAAUGAGAUAACUUCUAGGACGAGAUAUUUGAUCCCCAUUAUCGUUAAUGAUUUUCAUAUCGAAUAAUAUAUAUAUAUAUAUAUAUAUAUAUAUAUAUAUAUAUAUAUAUACGCCUGCAUGAGAUACACAAUCUACGUAUGCCUCAGUACGGUUUAAUUAGCCAAGCUAUCGUCGAAUAAUAUUACAAAAAGUAAUGAAACAUUCAAUGUCAAUUUGUAUAACAGUACUAUAUGUAUAACAGGUACUAUAAAUUUUAAUUCGAUAAUUUUCUUUUUUUUUUUCUAUACACUAUUUGUUCAUCGAGAGGAAUGUUGAUAAUAACUUUCAUUCGUA